CCUCCCACGCCGGCUCCAGCCAGACGUUCUUCCACGAAGCAUCCCGCCCCCCGAGCGCUCUGCUGCUCGUCUCUGCGCGUCGCGAAGCUCCCCGCGUUUGCCUGGCGCCAUCGUCACCCGCCCUCCCGCGCCCGCCGCGCUCGCAGCUCCGCCAGCAUUCGCAGAAGCCGCGCUCGCGCUGAGCCGCAGUCGCCAUGGCCGGGUCGCAGCAGCAGCAGAUCAUUGACACCAUCUUCUCCAUGAAGCGGAGAAUACUGCGUCCCGACGACUCCUCCGACAACGAAGACACGGCGCCGACGUACGGACCGCAGAAGCAGAGCCUGAAGCGCAAAGUCCACUAUUCGCACCACGGCGACACAGACCUGGUCAACGGCCAUCGCCCGUACAAAAAGAGAAUCGAGCAUGCCGGCUAUCGCAGAUACAUCCUCCAGCGCAACCCUCCGCGAUACGACCCCGAUGGCGACAUUGUCGAGAUUGGCGACGAGGACGAUGAGGACGACCUCUCGCCCGUCGAAGAGAAUCCAUACGCCGACAUGCGCUUGGAAGAACUGCUCGCUCCGUUGAGCUCCGCUGCCGAUCUACCUACACACCCCUCGUAUAGCGUCGCCUACACCUCCAAGCACCUCACCAACCUCACAAACGAAGCCGCCGCCAUAUCGCGAAAGGAGAACCUGGCCCUACGGCAUGCAAAGACCUUGCAGUUGAAGUUUCAAGGCGACCCCAGCUUUGCGCCAAACGCGCUGGCUUCCCUGGCCCACGAAUCUUUUCUCGACUUUGGGCGCGACCUACCCAACGGACGAGCGGCAAAUGGCCCCGACGAGCACAGCAGAAAAGGCGCAGACGAGAACACAACCCAGGAAACCUCAGCCGCCGGCGAGGACGUCGAAAUGUCGGACGCCACGCAAAGCAACGGCGCCCCAAGAAUACAAGAGCCGAACGGCACGUCCACUUCAGAAGUCCAAAAUGGCACAUCACACGUCCCCAACGACAUGCCUCGUGCCGACGACGCAGAACCCACCCAGACAAACGGCGAGCACCCGCCCUUCCCCGAUGCAGACGAUGCCUCCGACACGGCAUCGCACAACACCGCACACCGCAUGACCACGCGUCGGCAAGCUCGCGCCGCAGAGUCGCCCUCCCCGCCCGCCUCGCCCUCCUCCUCCGUCCACGAAGUCCACCCCAUGUUCGUCUUCCCCACCGACGCCCUACCCGACCGUGACCUCGGGCUGCCCGCCGACGAAGCCGAAGAUACCCGCCUCCUGCUCAUGGCAUACGUGCAGAAGCAAGAAGAGGUCGCGCGGCUUGCGGCAGAGCUGUUCUCUGGGAUAAUGGAGGGCGAGCGUAUGAGGCAGGAGGUGCUUAAGAUGGCGAAGGCGGAGGCGCAUCUAGGCGAGAUGAGUGACGGCGAGGAUUGGUAUGAUCGCGAGGAGUGGCAUUUGACGGAGGAUUUAGGCAAGGGGAAGGACGAGGAGGAUGACGAUGCAGUGGUCACUGGGAAGAAGAGUACGCGGCAGCGGAGGAAGCCGGAUAAGGAGGAUCGGUAGAAACGGUCCUCUUACAAGAACGGGAUGGCACCCAGGUAGCGGGGAGUGGGGUGGGUUAGUUGGUGUGAUUUGGUUUGGCGGGUUCGCGUCGUGUCGCGCAGUAAAGCAAUAUACCCAUUUUCCGUCUGCGUCUGCAUCUGCGUCUGCG